CAGAGGCAGUACACUUAUCAUUGUCAGCCGGAGCCACCCUGACGGAGCCCAUAGUCUCUCUCUCUCUCGCUCACGCUCUCUCUCUCUCGGUUUCAGCAUCCAAGCCUCCAAGGAGCAGCUCAUCCAAGAGCAAGGAGAGUAGGAGAACGAAGAGGGGAGCGGUAAGGUGCGAGGCUGGAGGCUGAAAGCCUUCUCCCCGAACUGAAGCUAGAGCAAAGCCCUAGCCACGCUUGGAGUGGAUUCCGACCAAAUUUGGAAGUGUAAAGGGAACCAAAAUUUUACUUGCUCGCGUUAUGUGGUAAUGGGCCGGGUUCUUGGGGAUAGUGGUGUAGAUUUGGGCACAUCUGUAUUAUGGAGUUUGGAGUAUUUCUUGCCAACUCAUUAUCCCCCUUAUCUUUUGGAUGGUUAAAAGGAGGCGAAAUGUGCCAAAAAUAGAAGGAAAAAAAAAAUCCUUUGGAUGGUAGAGGGGAUGAUAAGUUGCCAAAAUGGGAGUAACGCCCAAUCUAUAGUACUUAUGUCAGCCAAUGGAUUCUACAACUGAUGCCAGUGAUAAGCAUUUGGAGAGCUACCUGACAUUGGGUUUGACAGUAUCACAGUCAAAGAGAGGAGAUACUAAAUUUCCAAAGGUCUUGUCGCUUCUUGCAGCAUAUCUUGGCAGAGCAGUUCAGAAGACUGAAGAAUUACUAGAUUCUAAUAAAAGAAAGGAGUCUCCCACUAUUUUUCAUGGCCAGAGGGUACCAGAUCUUAGCAUACAGCUGUAUGCAGAACGUAUUUUCAAGUAUGCAGAUUGCAGUCCAUCCUGCUUUGUAUUGGCACUUGUCUACAUUGAGAGAUACCUACAACAGCCACAUGUAUACAUGACGUCAUUUAGUGUUCACCGCUUGCUAAUUACGAGUGUGGUUGUUGCUGCCAAAUUCACAGAUGAUGCGUUUUUCAACAAUGCAUUCUAUGCUAGAGUAGGAGGAAUCAGCACAAUCGAGAUGAAUCGGCUUGAGCUGGAUUUGUUGUUCAAUCUGGACUUCAGGCUGAAAGUGAAUCUAGAGACAUUUGGGAGCUACUGCUUGCAGCUGGAAAAACAAGCAGCGACUUUUGCACCAGAGCAGCUGCCGGUUCAGAUUUAUCGUGUCAAUGGAUCUAAAGAUUUGAGCUACAACGGUAGCGCUGAUGACUUCUGCCAGAGCGAGCUAGUGCGCCAAAGGUACAACAGUCAAGCUCUCCAAAGAUGUAGCUGACCAUUAUUUACGGACUACAGUUCUGCAAAACACAGGACCUGAUUACUGAUAAUUCUUUUAGAUCUGAUAUUUUUCCAUUCAGAUUAAGUCAUGUUGUUCCAAAGUGUUCGGUUAGUAGGGCUUCAAUUCUAUUUUACCUGAACUAAGCUGUAAUCCUUGCAAACCAUUUUGUUCCAGUAUUUUAUUUUAUUUUGCGGUCAAGUUGGAAAACAGUAAGUCCGAACAUUAUUCAGUUCUAUGAUAUCUUUAAUUGGAGCUGUUGCCAAGUAUUUUGUGGUUA